AUGCAGGCCCAACGACGCGUUUUCUUUAAUCCUACGAGCCUGCCUUGCUUGAGAGCCCAAAGACCACAAUGCCGCAACUUCUACAACAGCGUGUCGACCCGGAGAGUAGGGUUGAAGCAUCUCAAUGCGCCGGGGAAAUGGAGGGGAGUUCGUAGGGAGAGCACUGAAACGGGCGAAGAUUUGACCGGACAUAUUUCUGCCGGGCCAAACGAGGGCAUCCUCUUCUUUGACAGUAAGAUUUUGAGCAAGGCCAACGAAGGACACCAGCUAAUCGUCUACUUCUUCAUAGAUAUCUUCCCCAUCAAACUAUAUUGGGCCCUUCGCCUGCCAAUGCGUGGUGGUGGAAGUUUAUCAGGCCUACUCUGGCGGUUCAAUAACAAAGCUCUAAGACCUUACGAGCCCUUGACACUUGUCAAAAGGGCGAUUCCAGAUUCGGUUCCUAUAAAAGUUACGGAAAUUCUUCCUAGGCUAAAGGAUGGGGGUGCUUUUAUCAAAUUCCAACAUCCACAGGGUAUGACAACGAAAGAAAUCGAAGGGCUUGUCGCUAGAUAUUUGGAAGAAAACCCCAUAAACCCGUGGUUCAACCCCUUCCGGCGCAUACGAACAAACUUGGUGGUGGGCCGGCCAUGGCUUGAAGAUCUCUCUCGUUUCCCAAGCCGACGAGUUAAGGUCGAAUUUGUUCCCACGAGCCCUGGAAAGGAAGCUGCCGAGUUGUCUCAAGAAAUGCUAUACAGUCUAUUUCGAAGAUAUGGCAAGCUCGCAGAGAUUGUCACUCAACCGUCGGAUUCUAAAAUACUUCCCAAAUUUGCGUUUCUAGACUUUGCGAGAUUGAGGGAGGCAAUAGUGGCCAAGAAUUGUAUGCAUGGGCUGAAAAUAUUAGAGGAGGCCGGAGGUGGACCAUCAGGAACGCAGCUUCGACUUUCGUUUGAGAAAAAGAUUGAAGCACACUGGAUUCGGGAUUGGCUUGUCAGCCAUCCUAAGGUCGUCAUUCCAGCAAUUGCAGCACUCCUAGCUGCUAUUACUGUAGCAGUCUUCGACCCAAUCCGGACCUUCUUCAUAAAAGCCCAUAUUGAUCAUGCUUUCCACCUCACGGACAACAAGCUUUACAAAUGGUUUAAGAGCCAGGCAACUGAUAUCUUUACCUCCCGCUCUAGUAUGGCAGAGGGCGUUGGUCUCGGAGCGAUCUGGGAUGAUCGGAAAGAAGUUAUCGAUCAAUUGCAGACUUGGCUCCUGGAGACUGCUGAUACGUUCGUGGUCGUGAGCGGUCCGAGGGGAUCUGGAAAGAGAGAACUAAUACUGGAUCAAGCUCUAAAGGGUCGAAACAAUACCUUACUCAUUGAUUGCAAGCCGAUCCAGGAAGCCCGGGGCGAUAGUGCCACUAUAUCUGCAGCUGCCGCCGCUGUUGGAUAUCGUCCGGUAUUUUCAUGGAUGAACAGCAUCAGCAGUUUGGUUGAUCUUGCAGCUCAAGGGACUAUCGGUGUAAAGUCUGGAUUUAGCGAGACACUUGAUGCCCAACUGGGGAAGAUUUGGCAGAACACGGCCACCGCGUUAAAGCAAGUAGCACUGCAAUGUCGAAAGAAGAAUGACAAAGAUGGCAACCUCUCUGAUGAUGAUUGGCUUGAUGCGCAUCCCGAGUGCCGACCUGUUGUUGUCAUCGAUAACUUCCUCCAUAAGAAUGAAGAAGGGAGCAUAGUAUAUGACAAAAUCUCUGAAUGGGCGGCUGGGUUAACGACGGCCAAUAUCGCUCACGUCAUAUUUCUUACAAACGACACUUCGUAUUCAAAAUCGCUCAGCAAAGCUUUGCCGGACAGAGUGUUCAGACAGAUUUCGCUAGGUGAUAUUACUCCCGAAGUCGCGAAAAAGUUUGUCAUUACCCGCCUUAAUGAGGAGCCGAGCGAUGCCACGAAAGGGGGAGAAAAGCUCACUCCACACCAACGGCGCCGCGAUCUAGAAGAGCUUGACGAAUGUAUUGACGUCCUUGGAGGACGCUUGGCCGAUCUUGAAUUCCUUGCCCGAAGACUCAAGACUGGGCAGACCCCAAAGCGCGCAGUCGCAGAGAUUAUCGAGCAAAGUGCUUCCGAGAUAAUGAAAAUGUAUCUUCUUGCAGUUGAUACUGGAGAACGCAAAUGGUCCCAAGAACAAGCCUGGUAUCUGGUAAAGUCGCUCGCCAAAAACAAUAGCCUUCGGUAUAAUGAGAUCCUUCUCUCCAACACAUUUGCAUCUUCGCUUUCACCUUCAGCCUCAAAUGGCGAGAAUGUGCUAGAAGCCCUCUCGGCAGCUGAGCUUAUUAGCAUUAAGACCCAUAACGGUCGCCCACAAACGAUCAAAGUUGGAAAACCAGUUUACCAAGCUGCGUUCAAGUUGUUGACAGAAGACAACGUCCUGAAAAGCAAAUUUGAUAUGGCUAUUCUUACGGAGUUAACCAAGGUCGAGACAAAGAAUAUCAAUAAGUAUGAGACGGAGCUGAGUAUGCUGGGUAAUUUGCCUAAACAGCCGAGAGAGGUAGGCCCUAGGAUCCAGUACCUUCUUGGGAAGCUGGCAGCGAGUCAAAGUAAGGUAGAAGGUUGGGAGAAGGAGGUAGGGGUUUUAAAGAAAGUAUUAGCGAGCGAAUAUUAG